CUUGUAUUUUGGCUCAAGGAGUUGCAACCUGUGGUUGCUAGAAAGUACAGAAGGAAGUAUUCAGUAUAUCUUGCUGUUUCUAUGUCUCAUGAUGAUGAACUUUGCCCUCCUUAGGAGCUGAACCACUGGAGCUGGCCUGGCUCUGAACAUGAAUUUAGCAGAGGACAAUUCUUCCUCUUCCUUAGAGAAGACCUCAGAUUGUCCAGAGCACCAAGCAGCCACUCCACAUCCUGGAAUUAGCCCUCUGUCUUCCACAUACUGCUCUGUCAAUGUGGAAGGGGAUGGUACCCAUCCUACUAGCCCAUCUCAAGAACCUGUUUCAACCAACACUGCAAGCCCAGCUGAAACACCUGGUUUGACCAAAUUUUCUAGUUUGGCACAAACACCCAUUUCAACUAGCCCUGCUAGCCUGUCUAAAACAUAUAGUUUGACACACACACCUAUUCUGUAUGAAACACCCGCUUUUACUAACCCUGCUGGCCCAGCUCAGGGAUUUGUUUCAACCAACCCUGUUAGCUUACUUCAAACAACUGUUUUAACCAAUCCUGCUAGCCCAGCUGAAACGAUUGUUUCAACCAACCCUGUUAGCUUACUUCAAACAACUGUUUUAACCAAUCCUGCUAGCCCAGCUGAAACGAUUGUUUCAACCAACCCUGUUAGCUUACUUCAAACAACUGUUUUAACCAACCCUGCUAGCCCACCUCAAACCGCUGUUUCACCCAACCCUACUAGCCCGUCUGGACCUAUUGGUUCACCCCAUAAACAGAGCACAGCUGAAGAAGGAAUUGUGUCAUGGCCCCAGGGUAAACAAUCCAAUAGGGGAAGGCCACCAAAACAUCUGACUGUUCCUAAACAUCGGCACCAGUUCUCUACACAUGCACGCCCAUGUCUUCAGCCAGCUACCCAAAUGGACUCUGUGAAAGGGACAAAGCCUCUGUCGCCAAGCCUGCGUGCGCCUGAGGACAACUUCCAGGCACCUGAUGCCAAAACAGAGGCUAGGACAGAGCUACUGUCACCUAGCUCACCUUCUCCUGAGGAUGGGUGUUUGGUACCUGAGGCCUCUGAACCAACAAAUCCCUCCAGAGAUUUACAGAGUCCUUGUGAGGGCCAGAGUAAGAACAGUCCCAACCUCUCGAGUGCUUCUGUCAGACAAGGAGACCCAGCAAGCCCUAAUGUUUUAACCAUUGGUGAACAUACAGACUCACAGGCCAGAGAGGAGCGUGAACCCAGACAGACAUAUGAUAACAUUGGCACUGGGAUAGUUUUAAGCAAACGUAUCAAAGCGCAAAGGACCCUCUACCAAUCACCACUGCAUCUGAUAGGUAAAAAGUGUACUCGAAAAACGUUUAAGGUCAGCCAGACACCGAAGACUGACUGUUUACAGCAGGCUGACAUUGUGAGAGAGGGUAUGAAUGUAAAUAGAAAUGUACCCAGGAUUAAGACAGAACAGGAGACUUUCCAGUCAAAAGAGACUUUAGGAAAGAGGAAAUAUGUAAAAAGAACUCAGAUCUGCAAGGUAGGUCAGACGAAGAACACCGAUCUGAGGCUAGGGAGUGAGUCUUCGAGAAUGGAGAAAAAGACACCGGGAAAAUCAACAACCCUUAAGGUAGACACGUCACGUGGGACCAUGAGAAAGAGGAAGUAUCCAAGUAAAUGUAAAACCCCUGAUGUAGACCAAUCACAGGAGUCUCUAACAAAAACCAAACAGGUGUCUAAAACAUUGCGGAACAAUAAGGUAGAGCAGUCACAAGAGUCUGGAACAAAAACCAAACUGGUGUCUAAAAUAGCUGGAACCCAUAAGGUAGACAAAUCACAAGAGACUGAUCAAUCACAAGAGUCUGUGAAAAAAAGGAAAUACACAAAGAAAUCAAACUCCCACAAGACUCACCAGUCAGAGGAGAUUAUGAAAAUUGGAAAAAAUGCAACUAAUAAAUCACUUAGGAAUAAGAUAGACCAGGCAGCGUCCAUAAAAUCACAAAGCCAUAUGGUUGCAAAGUCACUGGCUGUUGACAGACCACAGAAGACAGUGAGAAAGAGGAGAAAUACAAACAAGUCAGAGAGUUCUAAGGUAGAUUCACAGGAGACUGUGAUAAAUGAGCACAAUAAUACAUCCGAGUCACAGAGUCAUACAGUAGACCAGGAGACUUUGAUAAAUGAGGAAAAGAUAUCAAAGAAAUCUAGAAAUGAAAAGGUACAGUCACUGGAAACAGAUCAGUCACAGGAAGAGCCUGUAAAAAGGAGGAAAUAUAUUAGGAAAUCCCAGAGUCAUAAGGAAGUCUUCACUGUCGCCUCCUCAGUCCCUGUGCUGUCUGCAGACCUUUCUUCUCCCCUGUUAAACUCUCCUGGUGUCCCAAAGAGGAAGUAUAGAAGAAAAUCAGAGGCCCACGUUUUGGUCUCAGAUGUUCCCUCAGACCCUGUACUAUCUGCAGGACUUCUCCCCAGCCUCUCUCCUCCUGGCCUCCCCUUCUCACCCAAAACACAGAAGAGAAGGAGAGGCAGACCACUACAUGUCCAGCAGCAGCUCCAUCUCACCUCCACACCAGAUCCGCACCCCAGGUCCUUCGGAGGAACCGACAGCCCCUCUCCUGCAUCCCCGUCUUCCUUGGGAAUGUGCUCCAAGACAGAAGGCCAGAACAACGUCUCACCCAUCCACCCUUGGAAACAGUUGGAAACUACCCCUUUCAGGAAGACAGUCCAGCCAGGCACAGCUUUACCCGGCAGGAAACGUCGCGGAAGACCCAGAGUUAGGGAUGCCGCUCCACCGAAGGGAGGGAAGACUGCGAAUGCUGCAGUGGUUUCAGGGACCCAGACCUGUGGCUGUGAGGAGGGGCGCCCGGCCAAACGCAGGCGUGGAACCAUGAUCCAGGACCAGGGCCAGACAGCAGAGCGGUCAGAGCUGCAGAGCGACCAGACCACUAGCGCUGACCCAUUCCGACGCUCCAGGCCGCGGUUUUUCCUGGAGGAGUCCGACUCGCCGGACAAAGACACGGGAGAGGCCUCCCUCUCCUCAGACCUGUCCAUAGAGCUGAGCCUACAGGAAGACCAUGUGACAUCACUAUCCUUCGAAGCGGAGGAGGAAGAUGAGCAAGAGGAUGAGGAAGAUCUGCCUAGUUUUCUAAAUAACACAAAGCCGCUGUCUAUAACUGAAGGGAUAUGUGUUUGGUGCAAAUUUAGAAACUAUCCUUUCUGGCCUGCAGUGGUGAAGAGUGUGAACCGUAAGUUGAAAAAGGCCAGCAUUGUGUUUAUCGACAACCUGCUGUAUGACCAGAAGAAGAUACGAAAAGGCUUUUCCGUGGCCCUUAAAACAUUGAAGCCUUUUGACUGUGAAGAGACUGAGGAACUAGUGUGUAAAGCCAAAGAGAAGUAUGAAGCCGCCAUCCAAUGGUGUCUUAAGCUGAUAAAGGACUAUAGAAUACGUGUCGGAUGUGGCUUCACAGGUUCUUUCAUUGAAUAUUUUUCUAAUGACAUAAGCUGUCCGUUGAGGAGGUGCUAUCCUCAGUAUACUUCAGACCUGACCUUCCCCAGUAACCUAUUGAUGGAGGAGCAGCAUGUGACCUCUGACCCAGAAGAUGAGGAAAAAGAGGAGGAAAGCCACCAGCAGGAGAGGAGGAGGAAGCUGCUGCCUGACCGCUCCAAGGCCGCACGUAACCGCGCCAACGAGAAACUGGUGGUCUUCAUUGUCAGGCAGCGCCAGGUGGAGAAACACCUUCAGGAUGUUAUCAGUGGUCUGCAGCAGUCUAAAUGGAUGAGGUGGUUCCUGACUGCCAGCCGCUCAGUUGUGGACACGUACCUGGAGGAUGAUGAUCAGCUGGACCUGGUCAUCAAGUACCUGACUGGGGUGUACAAGACCGCCCCUCUCAUCGAUCCCUGUCUGGCUGAAGUGGACGAUGUCCGCUUUGUACUGGAUGUUCUUCUGCCUGAGGCUAUUAUCCGUGCUAUAGCCGGCGUGGACAACCUGUCUCUGGGGGCAGCUGAGGACAAGUACCUGAAAGGGCCCUGUCUGAGUAAAAGGGAGAGAGAGGAGUUUGACGCAAUGAUCGAGCAACAGAUGAAGAUGAAAGCAUCGGUCCAUCAGCGGCCUGCGCACACAACAUAACACAGCCCACUUUGCCUCUGACCCUCACAGUCAGAAGUGCCAAAUGUCCCUCUGUUCCUGAUGUGCAUUCAUUCAAAAGUAGUGUGAGUACUUUUCAAGGCCGGAAACAACUUACUGUACGAGUGCUGUACGAGUCCACCCACUGACUAAAACACUAGUCUAUCACAUGGUCGCUUACAAUAAGAACCAUAUGCUGUAUACAUGUGUUACAGUGGCUCUGCUGUAGUGAUGCUAGCAGUGAUAUGGCUGAACAAAUCAUGUUUAAUUACCAAUUUGAUCAUUGUCGAAAUCGGCUAUAAACAGCUGGUCAAAAUUAACAGCUUCAAGACAACAUCUCUGGAGGGAUGUGACCUUGUCUUACGCAGAGAGACAGACUCCACUGGUUGGUGAUAGGCUUUGUCAGACCGACUGCAACAGCAUUUGCUACAACAUGCUCUCAUUAAGUCUGGUUUAAAACGCUUUUUAUAUUUAAAGUGUUUGUCCUUCCUUGCUUGAAUAAAUAAUUAAUAUUUUAAAGGUGCUAUGGGAUUUUUCCUCCAUCUGGAAGAUGGGUGAAUUUCAAAAACAUCAUGCUCCAUUUAAAGCCAAUCUCACCCCUGUUCCAUGGAGACUUGCCUUGGAUUUUUACUUUUAGAUUCAUCCAUCAAUUUUAUACAACUGUUAAACAAUAUUUUUUGUUUUAUUAAAAGUGAGGUGAUAAUCACGGAUUGAGCAACCAUGUUUUUUGUUUGUUUGUU